AUGACUAUCCCGGUUGUUGCUGAGGCCAUCAACGGGGCCGCGGCCGACCCAGAACGUACCCUUCUGGAAAAGCUUUCGACACUCGCCCGUAUAGACGCAGAGACCCCCGACAUCGACUUUAUCAAAUCGCUCCCCAUCACAAUUACCGACUGCAGCUCAAAUCCACGCUUCAUCUACGACGCAAUCACUGAUCCGGUCAAUAGGGACUUGGUAGAGGAAACGAUCAGGGAGAACAGGGAUAAAUCGUUCGAGCAGCUAUACCCGUUGAUCUUUGGUCGUUUCCAUGCCAAAGUCAUCUCCCAUAUCUCUGGAAGAGUGAUUGCUUCGGCAUACACUUCAAUGAAUGGAGAUGUCCAGAAGCUGGUCAAGUGUGGGAGGCAGUUUGUUGAAGGCUGGAAAGCUGCGGGAAUUCCUCUAGACCGAGUGUGCAUCAAGAUCAGCCUGACGGGGAAUGGUGCAGCAGCGGCCGCCAUAUUGGCAAAGGAGGGAAUACCCGUGUCAGGUACCACUGUCUUCUCAGUCGCCCAAGCAGUCGCUGCCCAGCAGGCUGGCUUACACUCCAUCCACUUGUACUUCAACGAUCCCGUCGCGAGCACCGGCCCUGCCGUGUGGCCAGAUGUUCCCGAUCCGGCGACACAGCAUACGUUCGCUUGUAGGCAUGCUCGGAUACGGAAGGUUUACAAUCUUCUCGCCAAACAGGGGGGAACGGUGCCACUGAUCAAGACUUCAGCAUUUCAAUCCGGACGAGAGGUUGCGGCAGUGCUGGAGCUCGGAGCGGAUCACAUCACAGCCAUCAAGCUGUUCCUGGACGACCUGACUUGCGGUUCGGGACUACCCAAGUAUCGACAGGGACUAUGGCGUGUGCCGGUGCGACAACAGAUGGAACAAGCCGAAUUCGAGUGGGAAGAUUGGGAACCGGUUCCCACCGAGCUCAGUAAGAAACGCAUGGCCGAGCUUAUCAAGCACGACCCGUUGACCACUGGAGCCGACAACGAUUGGCUCGAACAGGCCUUAUCUACGAACUAUCUCGCGCCAGGUGUCUUGGACGGCUGCAUACAGGAGGACGCUGUGACGUGGGAGAGAUUAGGUCGCAAGUUGACCCAGUUUACGGAAUGGGAGAGCAAGACUCGGGAUUAUAUCGCAUUACUGCAAAAGGAUCUGGCCUGA